CACAACAUGCACAUGCAUGAGCGCGCACUUGACACCUGUUAGCUCUCGUUGCGCGCGCUUCUGAUGCGUGCCAUUGUUGUGACUCGCGCUACGUGGACUACCUCAAAACUCUGACGCCAGGUCGCCAUGGAAACUGCUUUAAGCUGCGGCUCUGAGAGAGCAGAAGGUGUGGGAUAUUUAAGAGUUUCAGAACCACGAUCCGCCUGAACAGCGACCGGCUCCUGCAGCACUGCCCAGCUUCGGAAUACAGCCUAAUGAACCCUAAACGACUGAGCCAACGACCAGAUCACUGUCGGAUUAACCCCGGAGAUCAGCCCUGACGCGCCGCCACUCCAAUUCUGCUCAUCCAGCGAUCUUGUGAACAUAAUAGAGAUGGAAGAUGAUCGCCGAUUUCACAAACUGACACAAGAACAGGUUGAGACUUUGGACCAAGUUCUUACAGAGGUCAUUCCUAUUCAUGGUAGGGGUAAUUUUCCCACCCUUGAAAUCAAGCCUAAAGACAUAAUCCAUGUUGUCAGAGACAGACUGAUUUUGAAGAAGAUCAAGGUGAGAGAUGUCCGUCUCAAUGGCUCUACAGCCAGUCAUGUGCUGGUCAAAGAGAAUGGCACCAGCUACAAAGACUUAGAUAUCAUCUUUGGUGUGGAGCUUCCCAAACCGGAGGACUUCCAGAUUAUCAAGGAGGUGGUUUUGGGCUGUCUGCUGGACUUUCUACCUAAAGGUGUCAACAAAGAUAAGAUUACAGCUCUCACCAUGAAAGAGGCAUAUGUACAAAAAAUGGUCAAGGUGUUCACUGAGCAUGACCGUUGGAGCCUUAUCUCCCUUUCAAACAACAGUGGUAAGAACGUGGAGCUCAAGUUUGUCAACUCUCUACGACGCCAGUUUGAAUUCAGUGUGGAUUCCUUUCAGAUCAUCCUGGACAGUAUGCUACAAUCUUAUUUGGAUGCUGAAAGGAGGAAGAUUGAGGAAGGGCAAGAGGGCCAAGACUCUUCUUUAGCUCAAAGUCAAGAAAUUCAGACAGCCCUAAUGGAUGAACCACUCCUCAGCUCUUGUGACACAGGGCAUCACCAAGAAAGUGACAUUGACAUGUCCUGCAAAACUGAUGACAUUCAGACUUUUUGUGACUCUCAGUGUUAUUGUACAACGAGUCAGAAAGAGCAGUCUAAAUAUUCAAAACAAGAACCAUCACUUGAAACAGACAAAGAUGUUGAAACAGAGAUGGUUCAAACUACAACUACGCCUGUAUCUAUGGCGCAAGCAUCAGAGCACUCUGUUAUGGUGCAUGUGGAGGAAAAUAAUGAACUUCAUGAAAAUGUGUCUUUGCAAACUGAGACACUGCUCGAAGUAAAUACAAAUGAAACAGGUAUAGACUCAGGGGAGGGAAAUGAACAAGUUGGGGUAAAAACUAUGUCUGUUAAGGAAACAAAUCCCAACGUUAAAACAUAUGUUAAUGAAUCAGAUUCUGACAAAACAGAAUACAUGUUAGACAUAGAGCCAGUUAAAUCCCAACCAUGGCUUGAAAUGGUGCAUACAGACUUUUCUUGUCUUUCAACAACAGGGACCUUUGGUGAGCGAUGCACAUUCCAACCUGCUCCCAUUACAUUUCUUACACAAUCAGCACUAGAAUCAUAUGCGGAGUAUCCUUUACCACCCCCUGCCAAGAAAAACAGCCAAAAUUCACAAAUGGUUGUUCUCAAGCAUUCCUCACCCAAACCUCCUCGGAAAAUGUCCAAAAAGAUAACUCUUCCACCGAGUUCACCAGAAAAAUCAGUGUCAAGUAAUUCUGAUGUUAAUACUUGUCAGGUUUUGCAUCCACCUAAAGCUUACCCAACAGAAUCAUUACCUAUGCAGGUUAAAAUGUCAGGUCUUACCACAAAAAGCUUUGAAUUAUCCAGUGCCUCAGAAAAUGACUCUAAAGAGUCUAAAGAACUAGUCAAUUGUACUGGAGCUUUUACUGUUGCUGCUCCAGAGAAUGGUAUGCAUUCAGAAAAGACAUUGUACAUGAAUCUAUCACCAGAGGAAGGCCUUCAAAGUCGAGUGCAAACUUCAGAACCAGAAACUGGUGAAGCAACUCACGUCACUAUUCUAAUUCCUAAGUCCACUCCCAGUUAUCUCCCCAAAGAUCAAAACAGGAUAAACCAGCCUUUUAAUGAAAGUGUUCAGACAGCAGAGUGUCAGGCAAUUGUACCUCUUAUUAAUGUGAAUUCUGAGCCUUUACUUCAGGCAAAUGACAGUUAUGACCUCAACUCAGCCUCUCCCAAAAAUAAAGAUAUUGAGCCUUGUGCUCAAGUUGAUGAUGCCACAUCACCAAAAUAUCUUACUGAACCCUCAGAAUCAGUCAAUAUGGCAACAAAUUGUGCCUCUCAAAUGUUAAAACCACUGUCUGCAGACCUUACUAUUGACUCACAAGCAGUAGGGACUAAUUCUUCAGGCUCUGAACAUGUUAUAUCACCUCAAGUUCACAACUACCCCGUGUCCACUCUGCAGACUCAGGAAAUUCUUGUGCAAAGUCCACAGACUAAAGAACCUCCAGAACUAUUAUCACUUGUCUCCUUACCACAAGUUCAAAGCCUCACAGUUUCAGCACCACAUUUUUCAAAGCCACUAGAACCUUCCAUAUCCUCAACAGCAACUCUAGAAUCUCCAAGAAUCUCAGAACCUCUUUUAGAACCAUCCGUUAUGUCUCUGGAUGUCAUAGACCCCUCUGAAGUAUUCUGUGAAGUCGCAGAACCAUCUGAACCACUUUCACAGGGUUUGACACCCUCUAAAGCAUCGAUGUCACAUACAUUAGAAACAUCUAUGUCAUCAGUACGUGAGGAGGUGGUUUCCAAGAUAUCAGACCCAUUAUCUUCAGACAUUAACGAGCCCAUACGCCCUUCAAAAGAGCUGCCUUGCAUUACAGUGUUGGCUGAGAGCAUGUAUGGUGACUUUGAGCAGGCUAUGGACCACCUACGUUACCGGCUAAUAGCGACACGCAACCCUGAAGAGAUCAGGGGUGGAGGCCUGCUCAAGUACAGUAAUCUGCUUGUCCGGGACUUCAAACCUGCCUGUGAAACAGAAAUUAAGACUCUUGAGCGCUACAUGUGUUCACGUUUUUUUAUUGACUUCCCUGAUGUGAAUGAGCAGCAGCGCAAAAUUGAGUCAUACCUGCGCAACCACUUUAUUGGAGAGGAGAAAAGUAAAUACGAUUACUUGAUGACCCUUCGGAGAGUGGUCAAUGAGAGCACUGUGUGCUUGAUGGGGCAUGAACGCCGUCAGACUCUCAAUAUGAUUACCAUUCUAGCGCUUAAAGUCCUGGGUGAGCAGAACAUCAUUCCCAAUGCCAAUAACGUUACCUGCUACUACCAGCCUGCACCAUAUAUGACAGACCACAACUUCAGUAACUAUUACAUUUCAAAUGGUCAGUCCCCACUGAUAUACCACCCCUAUCCACUACACAUACACAUGCAGUCUGGAUUAGUUUAGGUCUAAUUACAUUACGUUGAUGGGAAAAUGUACAGGGAAAUCUCUGAAUCUUGCAACCUAAAAUAUCCACCACAAACAAUCUACCCUUAAGCAUGUGUCCCAACACUUAACUGAAAAAAUAAAAUAAAAUAAAAAAAACAGUUAAGUACCUAAGUGUUGGACAACAGUGUGUGUCAAUUAAGAUCUGGAAGUGAGAAUUACGCAUACAAACCAUUGAAUAUGAAGGUUAAAACAAAUGUGUCACAUGCAUUUCAUUGAAAAAGACAAUGACAAGAUAAUUGGCUUUAAAACAGGAAGACGGUAAAAGACUGCAGUAUAUAGUGACUACAAAAAUAAAUUAGGAGGAAAAACUUGGCUUGGCCUGUUCUUGUCUUAGUAACUGAAAAGUCCUGUUGUAACAAACAAACAAAACAUUAGAAAAAGUAAAUGAUUUUGAUAGAAACACUAUUUUCAAUAAUUUAAUGCUUUAUUGGCAUGACAAAAAGUGCAAGAGAAAUAAUCAGCAUGCAGCCAAUGCUUUAUUACAUAGUAAGGUACUUUUGUUGUCUGAAACAAUUAAACUGAUUGUUCCCGUCUUGUUAUGCUCUAAGAAAGUUCAGUAAGGUCAGUGUUCCAUUCCUUUUUUUUUCUGAUUUCUGUUUGAAUUAAGUAUUUUAUAUGUUGUGAUACUUCUUAGUGCAUCUACUGGGUAUGUGUAUUUUUAUUUAUAAAAUAUAUGCUUAUUAGUAGAUUAUGAAUGAUGAUUCCAGGGAUGUCCAAUUGUGUCCUGCAGCAUUUAGCUCCAACACACCUGUCUGCAAGUUUCCAGUGAUCCUGAAGAUCUUGAUUAGGUGGUUCAGGUGUGUUUAAUUAGGACUAUUGCUGAAUUCUGCUGCAAGGUGGCCUUCCAGGAACAGGAUUGGAAAGCCUUGAUGUAUUCAAUAUUUCACAAGAAUCAUACGUCUUCAGAAUAUGGGGGGGGGGGGAGGGGAGCUCCAUUCCUCAUCAUAUGACUAAAUGAUAGAAUUCAGGAAAAACUAUGUAGUGAUCUACAAAUGUUUGUUUGAACAAAUGUACAAUAUGGAAUGCAUUAAAUUGAUGUAAACAAAUCUCAAAUUUGACAGAGUGAGGUACAAAGAUUACUACCAAACUUGGACAAAUACAAAAAAGAAAACAAACCAACCAACUACAAAAGAAGAAAGAAUAAGGACGUUUGCUGGUGUCUUUUGUGUAUCUAUGGCGCACAAUGUUGAUUUUACACAGAGAGUAACAAGCAGUAUUCUUUAUUUUUCUUUUCUUAUACUGUAAAUGUUGCCUCAAACAAUCCAUGUGAGGACAUUAAAUGAUGUUAUUUAGUAUUUAUUUGUAUUUAACAGAACCAUCAGUGGUGCUGAAGACUUAAAUACAUUUCCACCCUUUUUUUACAUCUUUGUGACAAAAAUGCAUAUAUUUUUCCAAGAAUUUAUGUGUAGAACUGUAUUAUAGCCUACAUGAAAGAUUGCACCAGCCACACAUACAGUAUACACAGAUAAACAUGAACAGAAACUAUAAAGUCAGGACCAAAAACAUAAAAGUGUGUAUUGUUGGACAUCAAUAUGGCAUGAAGAUUACUGAACUGUUAUUUUCAGUUGAGUGAUUAUUACAGCAAAAUUUAUUAAAGUGAUUUGCCUAAAUAAUACAUUUUUCAGAAGCAAGAGAAAAUAUACACAACUUGCAUGACAUGUUGGCUUCACAGAAAUUGUAUAAAUAAAUUUUAUUUUUAGGUUAUCUUGAGUACAUAGUGAAAGUAUUAGCAAAUGUUUGACCUUGACCUUAAUAAAAUGCAAAAGUUUCAUAGACCUUACAGAGAUCUCAUCACUGGUAUAGUUAUUCAAACUUGUGGAGUUACUUUUUCCUGUGCAGACCUACAGUUUUUGUAAAGUGUUGGCUUGAUUGUAUGAUGAUUUAAAAUUCUGUUUUACCUUUAUGUAAUUGUCUACCUAUGAAAUACAGCCAAAACCUGUAGUAACACUGUGGUUAGAAAUAGGUUUAGACUGAAAUUGUUUACCAAGAUGAUGUACACCCAUCAUGAAAUACUUAAAACAGUUUAUAUGACCAAAAUUAUUUUUGCAGGAAAACAUCAGUGCCUAAAUGAGCAGGAGAAAGCUGUAAAGGAGGUGACAGAAAGGACAAUGCUCCUGCAAAUGCAGCAGUCACUUUUUUUUUUUUUUUUUUUUUCAGGUGUACAUUAUCUCCUCUUCUCGUGCUGUUUGUGUUGAUGUCAGAUGUAGUUCUGUGC